AUGAAGUAUUCAUCACUUCACUGUCUGCCUGCAGCUCGCUUUAGCUUCUGUCCAGAUGGCUGGUUCAGCUAUGGUUCUCGCUGCUUCAAGUUCAUCAAUAGUCCCAGUUCCUGGAUCUCUGCUGAGGAGCACUGCAAUAGUCUGGGUGGAAAUCUGGCCUCAGUUACCAACCCCAGAGAGUACAGCUUCCUCCAACAGAUGACACAGACAGCGGGUCGGACUACUGCUUGGCUGGGAGGUUUCAGACUGCAGGACCAGUGGCUUUGGAUUGACCGUGAGGGUUUCUAUUACACCAACUGGUACAGCCAGUCCUCCUCCAGCAGCUACCCUUGCCUCUUCCUACGAUCCACCUAUGGUUGGGGUAACACUCAGUGUACUUCCAGCUAUCCUUUCAUCUGCUCUAAGAAUCCAUUUGGUUGUUAA